CUUUGUCAGGGGGCAAUCGCUCCUGCAGGCUCAGCCGCAGUCUGGCUCUUUUUUCUUCGUCUUCGUCUUGGUCUUCCUGCGUUAUUCACUCGUCUUCUCUUUCUCUCUUGCUCAUGAUCUCGUCUCACCAGUGAUUUAUUAUAAAAGUCGCAGUUGUCACUGUUGAUCGUCGGCGCCUCCUUAUGUAUUCAUUCAUGUACGCACACCACUUUCUCUCCUUGGUAUUAAAAGGUUAUAUACGCCAACUGACUCGCCGGAUCAGGUUUUCGUUUUCUGAAUAUUAUUAAAAAAGGAAAUAUCUCUCUGUCUGACAAAGAGCAAGGAGCAAAAAGAAAAGAGAACAAAGUGAUUCGCAUGGUUUUUUUGGUUGUCGUAUAAAGAAGAGAAAAGCUGCCGUAUUUCUUUGGCUGCCGACUUCUUCGCAUACAAAGCACUUUUACAGCCUCUCCUUUUUCAUAUAUUUCAUUUCAAGAUGCGUGGCGACACCUUUAUCUGGUCGCUGGCGACGGCGAUUUCAUUGCUGUCCACUGCCGUCGAGUCUCUGCAGGUUGUCAAGCGAGAUAACCCAUCGGUUCUCGGAUUUGAUAUCGAGCGCUUCCAGGCUGCAAAACCCGUCCACAGAGAUAUUAUCGCCAAAAGAGCCUCGACCAAGACCGUUAGCCAGGAUCUUGAUAACCAGGUGAGUGCUGGGAGUUGCGUUUGCUGGCCACAGUGCUCCUGCUAGAAUGUGGCGCUGACAGCUAUAGAAAAAUCUAUACUUCUGCAACCUCACUCUUGGAACGCCUCCUCAGACAAUUCGAGCCCACAUCGACACAGGCAGCAGCGAUUUAUGGGUUAACACUGCAGAAUCACGGUUCUGCAGCUCGAGGCGUGCGCCAUGCAGUCAGGGCGGAACAUACGACUCCACCAGCUCUAGCACUUACCAGCUCGUCAACAACGACUUUAACAUCUCGUAUGUCGACGGAUCAGGCGCCAGUGGUGACUAUGUUACCGAUGUCAUAGACGUCGGAGGGGUCAAAUUGAAGGACUUCCAGUUUGCCAUUGGACACACCUCGUCCAGUCCUCUCGGUGUUUUGGGAAUUGGGUAUGAGGCUGGUGAAGCCCAGGUUACCAGGUCCGGUGAUAAGUCAUAUCCCAAUCUUCCUGCUGCCCUUGUCAAGGCCGGCCACAUCCGCUCUAAUGCCUACUCGCUCUGGCUCAAUGACCUGAGUGCCAGUCGUGGCCAGAUACUUUUCGGUGGUAUCGACACUGGCAAGUUCCAAGGCAAGCUGCAGACCGUCCCAGUCCUCCAUACCAGCAGGGGUGAUUAUACUUCUCUGGUUGUAGCCCUGACGGGUGUUGGUAUCCGGACUGGCUCUGACGGCAGUAUCGACACAUUUCCAUCCCAGCCAGUUGCCGUCGCCAUGGACUCCGGUAGCAGUUUGAGCUAUCUUCCUGAUGCUCUUGCAGCAAAGGUCUAUAACGCUGUCGGUGCUGUAUUUGAUCCGGCUAACAAUCUUGCCUUCGUCCCUUGCUCUAUGGCCAAUGACAAAAGAAAGCUCGUUUUCACCUUCUCAUCCCCACAGAUCGCCGUUGGUAUGGACGAGCUAGUGAUUGACCUUGGGCCAGACGCCAAUGGCAACGAGGCUACCUUCAGAGACGGCUCAAAGGCCUGCGUCUUCGGCAUUGCCCCUGCCGGAAGCUCUAUCUCCAUCCUUGGCGAUACUGUGCUACGCAGCGCCUAUCUUGUCUACGAUCUCGACAACAACGAAAUCUCCAUUGCUCCAACCCGGUUCAAUUCCACUGAAACAAGUAUUUUGGAAAUUGGUACAGGCCAAAACAGCGUGCCUGACGCUAGCGGCGUACCAAAUGCUGUCACAAGCGCCCAGGUUACCCAGGCUACUGGUCUUCCCGGAGUUGAGACUGGUGUCCCUGGCUCAAGACCACCUAGCUCCAAGGCUGCAGGUCAAGCAAAGAGACCCGAUUUCGUCCUCGGCGUUGCUGCCGUUGGACUGGCGGGUGCCGGCAUGCUCUUUGCUGCCAUGUAAUUCGCUCAUGCACACCAGCUUUGGAUCUUUCAAAUCUUUUGGUUGGCUCAUUUUCUGCAUAUUGAUAUCCCUCAUGCCUAGGUGACUAGAGCUUUGUUGUAUAUUUCCCCCUUUUCACCUUUGUGUUUUAUACCUUCUUCUCUGUAUAGAGCAGGGUUGUUCAUGACCUCCACGCACAUAUCUCCAUUUCUAUUUCCUGCUGUUUUACCUUUCGUUUCUUUAAGACCUUGCAUAUACAAUCUUGCUCUGUUGCUCGGCGCCGGAUUGACCUGACUUGUUAAUAAGUGGUAUCAUAAGGAUAGCCCAAAAUUACGUACAUAAUCAACCUCAUUCUUUCUCUCUUGUGUGAACUAGAACAGCUCCGCAGCACCUGCGGCUGCAGAACGAUCCUUUCGUGACAUUAGA